AUGGCCCCGUCAACUAGAAAACGUAAGGCAACUAUGACCGACCCAUUCGAUUCUCCCAAAGCGUCCAAGAAACGUCUCAGAACUCUACGACCUCGUAAAGAUGCGAUCCAUCCUUUCACCGAGCUCCCGUCGGAGCUUCAGCUCAGGAUCAUGGGAUUUUGUGACUCGAAAACCUUAUCCGCCUUCUCAUUACUUUCGAAUCAUUUCCGAGAACUAUCCUUGAGGAUUAUGUGGGAAACCCAGCCUGUCGAAACGUAUAUUAAGAAUUUCGACCAAUUGGAUGAGCAUGAAGACUUGCGACUUGCUGUCAGACACCUUGCCAUUCGCAAGCAAUCUGCACCAAAUAGAAGUCGAUUCUCUGGCGUCGCCAAGCGUCUGGUGACUCGAUUCCCCAGAAACUAUUUCCCAGGCCUUCAAGAAUUCACCAUUGAAUACGAGCCUGCCGCUUCAGACUACUUUGUCACUAUAAUCAACACCCUCUCAAAAUACCAGCCGAAGAGGCUUAAGACUAUCAACAUCAAUGUAAUGUACCGCUGGAGUGCUCUCAACAGCACUGUAAACAAGGACCCAUCUCACAGCACCAUCUCCUACCCAACCGGUUUGACUACUGUAAAUCUAGAAUUCAGAUAUACGGGUCAAACUUUAGCGUUCGAUCCUAUGAAGGUCUUCGAUGCCAACUCAGACACCGUCACUACAGCUAAAGCCUAUCUCGGGGCCUGGUACAAUCAUUUCAGUCUAAAACCAUGCCCAAAUGUCACGACUCUAUACGCGAGGCAAGAGCAAUAUGAUAGAAAUUGUGCAAAAGAUUUGUCCAAGAAGUUCCCUAAUACCGAGAGACUGAUUCUUACUGCACCUUCCUGUGGGAUUCUUUGGGCAGGCGCGGAUUUGGCAACACUUAUGGAAAAAUACGCCGAUUGGAGAUAUUUUUCCCGCGCAAAAUUCGUCGAACUCACAUACUCACAUGGUGUUCGUUAUGGUCGGAAUGAUAUUGACCUCCGUGACAGUAUACUCAAGAACACCAAAUUUCUAGUCAGGCGAUGGAUCUUAGAUGGUGAGAUGCCAGAAUUGGAAGAGGUACAGGUAAUGAGGUUUGAACCUUUGAAGAACAUGACAAUCCACUCGUUUACCUUUCACGUUGAGAUCAAGGAAGCGCGCAGGGUUGUCGUUACAUCAAAGAUUACAAAGUUACCCGACGAGAUUAAGCUGGAGAAGGAGAAAGAGGAGAAGGAAAGGGCAAAGAAGGAGACAGAAGAAACGGAAAAGGUUGAGAAGGAGAAAGAAGUGAAAGUAAAAGCGGAGAAGGAGACCGCGAAAGGAAACAGUAUGGAAGACAUUGUUCUCACCAACCCAGCUGCCACUUAA